CCUUUUCCCCUCCGCUUCUUUGAACACACCCUCUCUCUCUCUCUCUCUCUCUCUCUCUCGAUCUACCAAAUUAUCCCUGGUUUCCUACGGCGCGACUUGAAUCGUUGAUUGAAUGUGUUCUGUCGAGCCAAUUUGGAUAUCUUCCUUCGAUGAUUCGAAGUCCGAAUAACUUUGGUGUCAAAGGGGCGAAUCUCUCAAUUCUCGUCGGAUAUUUGUUAUAGCAGGCGAAUUGACUGUAUCUGUGUAUCUUUGAGGUGGUUCCGGUGCAUCCGAGAGUUGUCUUGGGAGAAUAUUGGCUUUUCCGGGAAAAGUGAUCCAUGGAGUAUGACCCAUCCGAUAGUAGCGGAACUGAUGAUGAUCUUCCACCAUCUCAUUACAAUAGGGGUGCAAGAGGAGGACGUGUAUAUGGGAAUGGAAGAGCUACUUUUGGUGCUAUUCCAUAUUCUAAUGCACCAAAUGAUAUGGAGGUCCAAAUACACUGGCUUGAGCAAGAUUCAUAUAGUUCAGUUCUUCGAGCAUUUAAGGCUCAAUCUGAUGCCAUUACUUGGUUUGUCUUCAAGAGAAGGAAAGUCUUAUAACUGAGCUCAGAAAGGAGCUGAGGGUGUCAGAUGAGGAACAUGGAGAACUGUUAAGCAAUGUUAAUGCUGAUGGCAUCAUUUGGCGAAUAAGGUGGACUCCAAACUGGAAUGCUUAGUAAUUCUCAACCAGAAAUAACAAUACCAAGUCCUACUGUAUCAGCAUCUUGAAAGAGGCAGAAGACAUCUCAGCUAUACCUUUUCUCACAUUAGGUGCACCAUCUCCUGCUCUGCAAUCACAGCUUGCUGCUUCCAUGCAGCCAUCAUUAUCAGCUUCAAAAAGAGGAGCUGCUGCAGGAACCAAAGGCAAGAAGCCUAAAUCAGGAUGCACAUAGCCUGGUGCAUCUUCUGCAAAGUCCAUGCACUACCCUUCUGCAGGUCUCAGUGGGAGGGGCCAAAUUGCCAAUGAGAACUAUUCUGGUGCUGUUGUGGCAGGUCUGCAUGCUUUAGUUGAUGAUACUGACAUGUAUAAAGAGACAUGGGAAUGGAUCAAUCUCAAAGAGAUUUGUCCAGAAAAUAUAAGAUGGGAGGUUGAGGAGGACCCAGACAUUGUUCUUCAGUCUGGUCAAGUUGCAUCACGUCGUGGGGUUAAGAGGACCACAGCCCAUGGUGGUGGCAUUCCAGGUGCUGGUAGGGGUAGAGGAUCACUGAAGAAUCAGAAGAAGAAAGAUUUUCUGCUGUCCCAAAAUAGCAUUGGCAAGAAGAGCACUGGAAACAUUGAAAUACUCCAAACUGACACUCUAAUAAAAGAAGUAGAGAAACUUCUUGGUGCAAGUCAUCCUGAUCCUCUCGAGAUUGAGAAAGCCCAGCAAAUGUUAGAAAAGCAUGAACAGGCAUUGAUUGAUGCAAUUGCAAACCUAGAUGAUGCCUAUGAUGGCGAAAGAGGUAAUUACUGCCCAUAAUUCUGUUCAAUUUUGCAUGUGAUGCUGAACAUUGAAAAACUUAAAUAUUUUUGUUUAUGGUAUGAUAUUUCCAUUAUUUAUCUACGAAGCUUUCUGAAGGAUAAAGCAAAGUGAGUUGAACUUAGGAAAUCGGCGGCAGUUAUGAUUUAUGCAAGUAAAGCAUACCCAUAUUACGGCAGUCACAUUUUUUUCUCUUUUUCUGAGCUUCUAAUUUAUCCAGCUAAGAAAAAAAAGAUGAUGCAAUGGUGAGACUCUUGCUAAUGCAGGGUACGGAGAGGGUUGAUGUAUACAAUCUUACCCCUAGUCGUGUAGAUUGCAAAAGGACAGCCCUACCAUGACAAAAGGCUAAAUAUUUGGCCUAAAACUUCAUGUUUUGUACUGUACCGAAUAUAAAUUACUUAUUUUUAUUUGCCAGCCAGAAUCUUGUCUGAUUUCUGUUCAAAUUUAUUUGGUUCCACUAAGGAAGAGAAGGUAAUCACUAUGUUGCAACUUCUUUUAAGUAAAUUCCUACAUCUUGCCAAAUUCUACAACUCUGUUUUGCUUGCAAAAAGGGCUCUAAACCCCUUGCACCAUUUCGUUUUGCAGUAUAGCCCAAACUCCAGUUCAGUUCUCACAUGGCAAACCCAUGGACAAAGAUCAAGGAUGGAGAAAUCCAAUGUAUGGUGGGAACCAGCAUGGAGCUAAUUACAACCAUGACAUGGCUGUCGAUGUUGGAGAAGGCUCUGAGGAUGAUCGAAUGGUUGCAGGCGGUAUCGCAUUGGGUUACCAGCAUUAUGCUACUGAUGAUGACAUGUAAGCUUGUAACCAACCUGCACUGAAUCUUCCACCACAUAGUAUGUCCACAGGGAUCCCUAACCAUGUAAAAUGCUUUAGCUAAGAUUCAUUUCUCACACGUGAGAAAUUAAUGGUGCCUUGAUCCUUGGUUGAAAACAUCUCCUGUAUGAGUUGUUUUCAGAAUUGUAUCUGAAGAGAGCAUCUUGGGGAAAUUUGGCCUCUGAUCAUUU